CAUGCACUAGAUGUAUCAUUGACAUUGUAUGGCGCAGGGAAUGCGUGGCGUGCCGGAUUCCCCUCUGCUUCUGCCAAGGGAGUAGAGGAAGCAGAGAUACGGUAGCAAGAUCUUAGGGCUAGUGUGAAUGCAAUGUACUCUGAUCAGCUCUUUGAGAGUUUUAUUCUGCGGAGGGGAUGGUUCACCCAGAAUUAUGACCUUUUUGACGAGCCAGACAACAGGGGUACAGCAGGAAAGCUGGCUCAAUUCAACGAGGUCCUCAGCCCCUACUCCCGAUUCUUGGACGCCUGGUUCGAGCUACGAGGCAGCGAUGGGGUCCUCUGCACUGCCCGGAUGCCGCGCCUCGGAACUCGUGGAACGACUCUUGAUAUCCGACGAAUCGAUGCCAAUCCCAACACAAACGGAGAUGAAGAGGAGCGAGAAAGACCUGCACUUCAGAACUUUGUGUGGCGGCUUACGACUCAGGUCAGCUUCUUUGCUCCGUGGCGUCUGAAGCGUUGGCGGGAGCAGAUUGGGCGCAUGGACGUUGAGAUCGACGGUUCGACUCGCCGAAAGUUUUACUUGGACGAAAGAGAGGACCUGCAAGGGCAGACUUACCAGGAGUGGACCGCAUCAGAUGACCACCAAGUAGAAAGGUGGCGAGCCGCGCUGCGCCCGAUGGAGUCUGCGGCCGCGGCCGCGGUGGCGGGAGGCACGUGGCUGCCCAUCUCCAUGCAAAAAAGCGAAGAUCCGUGGCGAACGGAGUGGCAGAGCGAAGCCUUUUCUGCGAAGGUGGUUCACAGGUGCAUCGGUCGAGAGUGGUCCAAGCUCAAGGUUCCUCCGGGACAGCACAUCCCCAUGGGGCUGCUCGCCGGGCAGCUCUGCAGCCGCAUCCUGGCCCCCUGGAACGUGAAGCGCAUGCUCACGUUGUCCUCAGAUGCACCCCUUAUUUCGCGACGCGAAUGGGACGACAGCUGGCAGACGCGCGGCAAGGAAUGGGCUCAACGAAUGCGCCCCGUACUGAGGAGUGCUCGGGGCGCUUCCACCGGGCGGCUAAAAGGCUCGGCUGCGGAGGUGGCAAGGGCUUUCCGGCCCAGAGAACCGAGGGAGUGGGGUGGUGAAUUCACAAGGUACCCGGAUUAUUGUCACCCGUUGGAAUUUGCAAGAAGACCGGGGACGCUAAUUGGGAUGAGCUUCGUGGUCGGUUGCGUGUGGGUCCCACUGGCUGUGGCAGCGGCUAUAGCGAGGCACGGCGGCGCCUACUAGAAGCUGAGUCCGUCGGUUCUUUGAUGCAGCUCGUGCGGUCAGCCUGAAUGCAGCCUCAGGAGAUGCCCGGGAAUCAGGGCUUCAGGUCAUCAGUAGCGUGGAAAAUUAUCAGCAAUUGAUUGCUUCAGAGCCACGGAUCUAGAUAAUCUAGAAGUUAAGUCGCGGAUCGAAUCAGCUGCCUGUCCUCGGUCAGACAAGCUCGGUCCGCGUCGAAAUCUUCUAUAAGUCGUCAAACGGAUUCAUUGUAGUCGGCCGUUUGUUUCUUCACCAUCAGCGUCAACACAAACCAUAUUGCCAUCGAUCAACCGUUCAGAGAAACCGUCAGUGAUGUACUGAAAUGGUGUACUGUGAUGUACUGCUCGCCGCAGGAUGCAAACAUCUGUUAACGCAUGGGCC